UUGCUCACCCUGCUUCCCACCACAAGACGCUCGCUCCUCUCAUUACUCCAGGGCCACAAAUCACUUCACUACAUCACCUCCCAUUUAUUCAACUCCUUCAUACACAAUGGCUGGAGGUAGUGGUGGAGGCCCUUCGGCCUUCCCCAAACUAUUUGCUCAACGCAGUCGCAUGAACCAUGAGGCCAUGAUAUACUACGCCAUCAUUUUGGGCACUCUCAUGGGCAUCUUCGUUGCAUUCCACCUGAUACGCCUCCUUUCCCAGAAGACUCGCCUUGCUGCAAAGCUCUCUUUCCUGGCAAUGCCCUUCAUCUUUAUCUCCCGAAUCAUCCGUAGAGUUUCUAUUCGCAAGGUCCCUUUCCUGCCUUCCACUGGCCAUGCCGCCCUCGCCUUUGUCUAUGUUGCAGUCAAUAUCAUCCUCACCCUAACAUACAUCGACACAUCGGGCUUACCCUACAUAACCGUCAUUGGAGCUCGUACAGGAUGGCUUGCCAUCGUGAACAUCCUCUUCGUGGUCUUCCUGGCCCUUAAGAACACUCCUCUCGGCUACCUGACAGCCUGGUCCUACGAGCGUCUCAAUGUUCUCCAUCAAAUUGCUGGCUAUGUCACAAUGGCCUUGAUCAUCGUACACGGUGCCACCUAUUCGUCGUACUUCAUUCAGCAGGGGAACCUCGCACGCCUCCGCGUUCACGAGGAGAUCUACGGCAUCGUUUCCGGUUUCACCUUCCUCGUUGUCGUCCUUGCCGGCGCAAUUGUCCGACUGUGGUACUACGAGCUGUCCUACAUCCUCCACGUGUCGGGCUUUGCCAUCUCGAUGGUGCUCGUCGGCCUCCACCAGCCUGAGCUGUCCAAGAAGAUUGUAAUCAUUACGGCUGCCGGCGCUGGCCUCUGGCUCUUUGACCGUGGUAUUCGUCUCGCUCGCGUCGUUGCUUAUAGUUUCAACAACACGGCCUCUGUUCACCCCCUCCCUGACGGUGGCACCCGUAUCAUCCUGAAGAAGGCCCCUUUCGGCGCGAGCUCUGGCGAGCAUUGCUUCCUGUGGAUCCCCAAGAUCCGCGCCUUCGAGAUGCACCCCUUCACCAUCGCCGCCAUGGAUCCCCUCGAGUUUGUCGUCAAUUCAUACGACGGCUUCACCCGCGAUCUGCACGAGUACGCCGUCCGCCACCCGGGUGCGACCCUCAAAGCCUCGGUCGAAGGUUCCUACGGCACUUUCCCCAACCCGGCCGAGUACGACAAAGUUGUACUCGUCGCGGGAGGCAGCGGCGCCAGCUUCACGGUUGGCACAGCCCUCAACAUUCUCAAGCGGCUCACGCAGAACUCCACCCAGAGUAUCGUCCUCGUCUGGAUGGUGAAGGAGCACACCCGUUUAGAGUGGUUCGCUCAUCACCUCGCGAGAAUCCACGAAUCUUUGAGAUCGUCCGUUCUCCUUUAUGUCACUCGCGUUCCUGACAGCUCUGACUCCACUCUGGCUCCCAUUGUCAAGAAAGAGCGCUCCCACUCGGAGGUCACCUCAUCUGAGGCAUCCACACCCAUAACGCCGGCCACAGAGAAGUUUGAUGUUGAGAGAGGCUUCCCCCAGCAACCCACCAAGGUUCUUACCCGCGUCGUCUCUGACCCUGAGAAGUCUGGCUUCGAGUCUGAUACUACAGCCACCAUUUCCCCUCUCCGACAGAUCGGGACUCCUGUACAUAUCAACUCCAUCCCGAUCAACUACGGUCGAGCCGACGUUGCGGAAAUCAUUCGCCGUACCAUCAACGAGGCUACCCCCGACCAGCGCGUUCUCGUCAUGGGUUGUGGUCCCGAGAGCCUGAUGACCCAGGUCCGGAACACCACAGCCUCUUGCAUCCGUACCUCGGGUCCCGCGGUUGAGUUGCACUGCGAGCAGUUUGGCUGGUAAACAAAGAUACUCGCACGCCUGAAGAGGGCAAAUAUGAACAGAGAGGCCUGGAAAGAGAUAUUGUUCUCUACCCUCCCCUCUUUGUGGCGCGUCUUAAAGCGAGCCAGUUUCAUGUCCAUACUCUUUGCAAAGGCCUUUUGUUUUCUUUUCUUGUCAUGUUUUGUUGGAGUAUUUAUGGGCAGGACACGUUUUUUUCUUUCUUUCUUUGUCCUUUUUUCCCCUUUUGUACUUUCGCGGCAGCUUUGGCGGAGAAAAGGAAACGAUGGGGAGACUUGUUCCUUGGAGGUGGCAUGGCUGAGAGACAGACAGAGAGUACUCACUGGUGAUAAUUGCUGAAGCUGCCGCAUAUCACGCACCAGUUCAUACCCCUUACAGAAGCCCGGAUUCAGUGGCCGCCCUGUAACCUCGUUGAUGUUCCUGCAGAGGAGGAUUAGGUUCUCCUUAAUUUCAAACAUAUUUUCUGAAACACCACAGGCCCCGUGUUUCCCUUCUUGUGAAAGACUCCCGCAGUUGACGUGUGAAGCCCUCUUGGUGGUUUCAACUCCCGAGUCACACCAUGUAGACAACCCAAGCCCCUCACCUCAGCACCCGGAACCACCCAAGAUCGCAUAGCCUAGCAAAAGGUAUACGGCUUGAUAGUUCAACCGCGUCUGAAGCUCCCCAGAUCGUCUGCCAAGCCUCGGCAGCCCGGACCGGAGCGACCCCC